CUAAGGGGAGUAAUCGGGAUACUCUUAAAGAAUCACCUAUGUAAGAGUGAAGUGUGGUCGCUUCAAACGGAGGAUCUUGGGCUUAAUCCUCUAAACACUCUCGCAGAACCAGGCGCGUGUCCCACGACCAAAAUGGGCACAACCAUGAGAACAGAACGGCGUUUGGUUGGAAUCUGUGUAUGGUAUACUAUCGUUUACACAAGCGGCAGUACAGUUCAAAGACAUCGCGUUCUACUGAACAGCCAGUAAAGAAGGUAUACUAUACAAGGGACAGUAACAAGGUUUGUGUGCCUUUCCGGAGGAAGCCAACGCAAAAUCUGGAUGACAUUAACCAUGAGCAGCUCGAGAGGGCAGAUGACAUGUGGGAUUCUCAACAUAGCUCUUUUUUCAGAGGAUCAGGCAUGGGAGGAUCUGAACGACAAGGGCUAAAUCUCUGCUUCUCCUCACCAUCUUCCACCAGAGAUGGAGGGAGAGAAGGUUUGAAGCCCCUGGGGCUUCAUGGGUAUUUCCAGUGCCCUUAGUGGGACCAGAUUGCUCUGCUAUAAUUGCAAUCCUUCUGGAUGUGGUCCUGUUCAGUACAGGAUUUGAGACAAAGGAGGCAUCUUGCAGAGAGGUGGAUUUUAAAUCCGGUUAUGUAGGCUUAGGAGUAGACAAAUACUAAGUUUUGGAGAUGGGGUGUCACCAAGCAAAAUAAGAAAAAGUGGAACUGUAU